AUAAAAAAACGUUUUUUUAAAUAAAUAGCUGAAACCUGCCGUUUCUUUCCACAUUCCUGCAUCUUUGCUCUCCUCCCUGGUUCUUCAACGAUCGGUCUUCCACGUUCUUCCAUCUCCUUCGAUCUCUGCGAUAGUUCAAUUAAACAAUGGCUGAUGAAGACAUUCAACCUCUUGUUUGUGAUAAUGGAACGGGAAUGGUGAAGGCUGGGUUUGCCGGCGAUGAUGCUCCGAGGGCUGUUUUUCCUAGUAUUGUUGGACGACCUCGACACACUGGUGUGAUGGUUGGGAUGGGACAGAAAGAUGCUUAUGUAGGAGAUGAGGCCCAAUCUAAACGAGGUAUUCUGACUUUGAAGUACCCAAUUGAACAUGGAAUUGUUAGUAAUUGGGACGACAUGGAGAAGAUCUGGCAUCAUACCUUUUACAAUGAGCUUCGUGUCGCACCGGAAGAACAUCCAAUUCUUCUCACAGAAGCCCCUUUGAAUCCUAAAGCGAACAGGGAGAAAAUGACGCAAAUCAUGUUCGAAACUUUUGAUGUCCCUGCCAUGUAUGUUGCUAUCCAAGCUGUCCUCUCUCUCUAUGCUAGUGGACGAACCACAGGUAUUGUGUUGGAUUCUGGUGAUGGGGUUAGUCAUACUGUUCCGAUCUAUGAAGGUUAUGCGCUUCCGCAUGCUAUCCUACGUCUUGACCUUGCUGGAAGAGACCUGACAGAUUCCCUCAUGAAAAUUCUUACUGAACGUGGAUACUCCUUCACAACUAGUGCUGAGCGAGAAAUUGUCCGUGACAUCAAGGAGAAGCUUGCCUAUGUGGCACUUGACUAUGAGCAAGAACUAGAGGCUUCCAAGACAAGCUCAUCAGUCGAGAAGACCUACGAGCUACCUGAUGGGCAGGUCAUCACCAUCGGAGCAGAACGAUUCCGCUGCCCAGAGGUGCUCUUCCAGCCUUCUAUCAUUGGAAUGGAAUCCCCAGGUAUCCACGAGACGACAUACCAGUCCAUCAUGAAGUGUGAUGUCGAUAUUCGUCGAGAUUUGUACGGUAACAUCGUUCUUAGUGGUGGUUCGACUAUGUUCCCUGGCAUUGCUGAUCGAAUGAGCAAGGAGAUCACUGCAUUGGCCCCGAGCAGCAUGAAAAUAAAGGUUGUAGCUCCUCCUGAGAGGAAGUACAGUGUCUGGAUUGGUGGUUCUAUCUUGGCCUCACUGAGUACAUUCCAGCAGAUGUGGAUUUCGAAGGCAGAGUAUGAAGAAUCUGGUCCUGCUAUUGUUCAUCGGAAGUGCUUUUAGAUGCUCUGGAGUUUAUAAAUGAGUCUGUUCUGGAUUUUUGGUUUGCUUUGUUUUCCUUUCUCGCUGUAAUGCUCGUUGAUUGCCUUGUUACAUCGCUCUUUGGGUAAUAUGUCAAGCACGUUAAAUUUGAAUCAGUUGGAAUAGUUUGGAGACUAUAAUAAUAUUUUGUAAGUUAUUUCUAUAAUGAUAUUUUGUAAGUUAUUUUUUAA